AUGAGGAACAAGAAUACGAAGAGGAAGGCGGUGGAGGUGGAGGUGGAGGUGGAGAAGGAUUCAGAGGACUGGUGCUUCCAAUGCAAAGAUGGUGGAGAUCUUCUUAUUUGCGAUUACAAGGAUUGUUUAAAAGUUUAUCAUCCGGAGAAAAUAGACUUCAACAAUGGUGAUACUUUUGAGUGCCUAUUUAAGCAGUGUUGGGAAAUUUUGAAGGAACAAGAAGGUUUCACUUUGGAUGAUGUCUAUUCUGCAUAUGCCACAUUAAAGGGAACAAAUUAUAAUGGCAGAUUUGAUUCAGUAAAUAUUGUUGAUAGUGACGGAAGUAAGGACCUGACAACAUCAGACUGUGAGACUAGUGCCAUAGAGUUUCAGAAGACAGUAGGAACAAAGAAGAGAUUUCAGCCAAUGGAAUUUAAAGGAUGGGGUUCCAAACCACUCAUUGAAUUCCUGAGAUCAAUAGGGAAGGACACAACCAAGAAGUUAUCCCGGUUUGAUGUGGAGUGUAUCAUCUCUUAUUACAUCAAGGAUAACAACCUCCCAAAACAGAAGAAAAUGGUUCAAUGUGAUAAUAAUCUGUAUUCCAUCUUCAAACAGAAAUCCAUCAAUACGACAAAAUUAUAUCAACUUCUGGAGGAACAUUUUGCAGAAAUUACUGUAAUAGAGGACAGUGGAAAUCAGGAUGAAGAUGAAAUCAGUUUGGAAGAUAAGAACAAAGGUACAAAGAGCAAGAAGAGAAGAGUUAUGAGCUCAGAUGUCAUAACAACUGAUGAAAUCAAAAGUCCUAGCAUACAUAAAAGCUGCUUUGCAUCCAUUAUUGCUGAGAAUAUGAAGCUUGUUUACAUAAGGAGGAGCCUAGUAGAAGAUUUUUUGAAGGAGCCCUAUCAUUCAGAAAGCAAGAUACUGGGGAGUUUCGUGAGAGUGAAAAAUGACCCUCGAGACUAUCUUCUGAGAAAUAGUCACCAGCUUUCACAAGUUAAAGGCAUGAAGAAAAUCACGACAACUAAUGGAGCAGGCUUCGAAAUUCUCCUGCAAGUUUCCUGUUGUACAAAAGAUAUUCCCAUUUCUUUGCUAGCAGAUACUGACUUCACUCAGGAAGAAUGUGAAGAUUUGCGUCAACACAUCGCCAAAGGCUUGCUAGAGAAACCUACAGUCGCUGCGCUUCAAGAGAAGGCAAAAGUUCUCCAUGAGGACAUAACUAAGCAUGCAAGUAUCUCUAACUCUUUGCCUAUUGACAUAUUUACGUGUAACCUCUUUUGA